AACUUAUCACACCUGCCUCAAGUGUUUUUCCAAAUCCCCUCUAAUAUUGAUAGGUUAAAGAAUAUAAAUGAUAAAUCAUUAUUAUUUUCAAUUCAGUCAGUUUAUCUUUAAUAAUAAUAAUAGUGAUAUAAUUAAUUAUCUUUUAAUAUGACUAGCAUCAUUUUAAUUGCACUCUUAGUAAACUGUGUGAAUAAUGUUUUAAGUGAUUGUGUAAAAUCCUCUACUACUGUUAGUGGAACUCAUGCUCCAACAGGAACAAUUUGUACUGGCGAUUUGAUAUUUGAAGAUACUUUUGAUAAAUUGGAUUUGAAGAAAUGGCAACAUGAGCAAACUCUAGGAGGAGGUGGAAAUUGGGAAUUCCAAUGGUACACCAAUAAUCGUAGUAAUAGUUAUGUGCAAGAUGGUAACCUACAUAUUAGACCAACGUUUGUAGCUGAUGAUUAUGGAGAUAGCUUUCUAUAUUCUGGCACAUUAGAUAUAAAUGGUGGCUCUCCUGCUGAUGAAUGCACAAAUCCACAAUGGUAUGGUUGUAGUCGAACUGGAAACGCAGUAAACAUAAUCAAUCCAAUUAAGAGUGCUCGUUUACGUUCACUCAACUCUUUCGCUUUUAAAUAUGGAAAGAUGGAAGUACGAGCAAAAGUUCCCACAGGAGACUGGUUAUGGCCAGCUAUUUGGUUACUACCAAGAUGGAACCAAUAUUCCAGUUGGCCAGCUUCCGGUGAAAUAGAUGUUAUGGAGAGUCGAGGUAACAAACACUUAGUAAAUCCAACUGGUGUAAAUAUUGGUGUUCAACAAGUGGGUAGCACACUUCAUUGGGGCCCAAAUCCAAAUUACAACAGAUAUUGGUAUACUCACUACGAAAAAAAUUUGGCUGAAGGCUACAACUCGGGUUUUCAUAAUUAUCAAUUAGAAUGGACUUCCGAGUACAUCAAAUUUUCAGUUGAUGAUUCGGUUAUUGGAAUGGUAGCUCCAUCCGAGAAAGGAUUUUGGGAAAUAGGAAAAUUAUCUGAAACUGGAUUAGAUAACCCGUGGAAACGGGAUUCAAAAAUGGCUCCGUUCGAUCAAGAAUUUUAUAUAAUUCUCAAUUUAGCUGUAGGUGGAACUAAUUUUUUCCCAGAUGAUGCAAAUAAUACACCAGGUGGCAAACCAUGGUCAAAUUCCGCUUCUGAUGCUUCAACUGCCUUCUGGAAGGGAAGAGAGCAAUGGCUUCCAACUUGGAAUAUAAGUACAGAUGAUUCCCAUUUGCAAAUUGAUUAUGUAAAAGUUUGGGCAAUUUAGUGUUGCCACAUGAAGA